CCCUGAGAAUCUGCAACUACACAUCUAGGCUAAUGUGAAAUUCUCUAAUAGUUGAGGGAUGGUAUGAAAUCUUCCGUAGAUAAAUAGACGAGGAGUUCUCUUAGCUAUUCAAUAUGUAGCCAGCUCAAUAAACCAAACUGGGUCUGAAUCCACUGCCGAUACUCAAUAUUCUCAUCUUUCUUGAUCUCUUAUCGAUCGUCAAUAACUUGAAGAACCCGAUGGAUAUCCCGGACGUACGAAACUGUAUCAAGUCCUUCUUGGAGGGAUGUGAUCUCGUAUACCCGAAGACAGAAGCUCACCUUCAAUUCGAAGCAGAUAUUGUAGCUGAGAGCAAACGACGAGGAUACAUCACACCCGAAAAUGCCAAGUUAAGGCCUUUCAUAUCAACGGGAGUCUCGAUGGCUUGCAACGCUUACUGUCAUCAAUCACACGAGAUCCAACUCUUCGUCUGUUUCUACACAGCGUUCCUAAUCUACAUGGAUGAUUCGUACGAAACGGAUAUUGAACAUAUUCUGCCGUACAACCAUAACUUCAUCACCGGCGAACCUCACAACGACAUCAUCCUCAACUAUUUCAGGGAGUUGAUGCUGGAAGCGCCAACCUUGUUUGGCAUGGCUGAAGCAAAUAUUAUCAUAUCUGCCACACUCAAUUGGAUCACCGGGCUCACGAUCGAGCAAGAAGUGAGAAAUGCGCAGCUUGGGCCGUCCUCAUACCAACUGCCGACCUUCGCCAGGAUCAUGGCUGGCGCAGCUGAGGCCUUUGCGCUUUACAUCUUCCCAAAAGAAGUACCUCUGAUAUGGAAACUCCAAGCACUUACACAUGCUUGUCCGUUUAUCAACGGGGGAAAUGAUAUCCUAUCGUACUACAAGGAGCAGGUGCUCGGAGAGACAACCCGGGUUGCCCUCACAUCCAAAUGCCGCGGCGUCACGCUGCUUGUCGUUCUCAACGAACUGGUAGAUGAAGCUGUGACUGCUCAUCGCCAGACGUUAAUAGCAUUGGAGGGUAGCGGCAGCGCACUUGAAGCUUGGAAGGCGUUCAGUCAAGGAUACAUAGGAUUUCAUGCCGGCAGUACCCGCUAUCUGUUGGACAGGCUUGACCUGGAGGCAGCUGCGUGAAGAAGUUCACGAGGGUCACUACUUCACUGACAUCAUGGAUAACAGACGGUACAAUGGCAAUAAUGGCGGAAACAGAUAAAUACACGCAGAGUAGGUACCUGAGAGGAAGGAUUAGAUGAUAUUUUCUUUCCUUUGCUUCAAUGGGUUUGACUAGGUAACAAGAUAGUUCUUAGCUAAUAAAUGUGGGACCUGAAAUAAUAGGGGUUGACUCAGGCACCGACUUAAAAACCUCAUGG